GGCGCCAGCUGAUAGAAAAUUGAGCGAGAAAAGUCAAUAAAGGUGCGCGGAUUCAAUUGAUAACGUGGCGAUAGCUUUCUUAUAUCAAUAUUAUGUGAAUAACAGGUGCACUUGCGUUUAUAAAGUUCCAAAAUGUCUGUACAAAAUAUCGCAGUAAAACUUUGUGGCGUUUUGCAAACGCAAAGUGACGAAGAAGUAACAGCUCGCGAAUGGCGCCUUUUGGGCCAGGAGCAGGAUGGUUCACAGAUCCUUUCGUGGGUGGCUACUAAGGAAAACAAGGAUGUGUUAAAUAUUGGCGUUUAUACUAAUAAGACUAAAGUCUUGAUUACACUGCACACGUUCCAAAAGAAAUUGAAUAUAAUACAAGCAUCUGUGAACGCUACGCAUACUUUACUAGUUUACGUAGUGAAACAGCUUCCUACUGAUGAAAAUGAAGAGAAGGAACCAAUAUAUCAUCCUUACCUGGUAUGUCUCUUGCCUGAUAAGGAGAACACUCCAGUAGAGGUCGAGGAAGGCUCCACCAAGCAGAUAAUGCUGCAAUAUGUGUACGGCAAGAGCAAUAAGUACAGUCCUGGUAUAAGAAAUGAUCGGUUUCUCCUUUUUAAACAUUUGGAAUAUAUAAAGAUCUACCGCAGUCCAAUGUUCCUGAAUGAGUGUGAUGAUGGCUCUGAGAAGUGGGGGUUUGAUGGCAUCUAUACGGACCCUGAGACUAUUGUCAAAGUCUUCUCUUGGGCACAGUGGGACUGUGUUAAUCAGGUGCUGUACUACAUCCACUACCGCGAGCCGGCGCGUAGCUUCGCGGAGGGCGAGGAGGUAAAGUCUCCGUCCGAGGUGACGCCCACGCUCUCCGCGCUGCAGUUCCACGCGGACCUGCCGCACGAGACUGUUCUAAACAUCCCGCUAAGUCUUCCCAACCUGCCGACGGCGGGAUCGGGCGCGGCGUGCGGCGCGUACGAGGACGACCCCGUGCCACUGCGCCUACACGACUGCAGCCUCGACCUGCAGAUCCUGUGCGACCAGCGGGGCGUGCUGUGCAUAUGCCAUCAUUACCUCUACAAGCCUCUAGACGAUUCCACCACAUCCCUAGUACUGGAAGAUAGCGCAGACCUUAAAGACUCGGGCGUGAAUUUCGCGUACUCCAUCACGCUGCUACAGCAUGGAGUGGUGGUGCACAGUGUCGUGCCGGACCUGCCCUGGGCGCUGGCCAAGUCACUGCGGCCUUCGUAUACGUUGUACGCUGACAACCAUCUACUGGUGAACAUACCGAUGUUGUACACCCACCUGAUCGACAUUAGCCUCUACCACGAGCCUUGUUGUCACAUCGUCAUCCCAACCGAAGAAAGCGAAACCAGCCCCUCUCUGGCCCCAUUACUUGGUUGGGGACACCACGCUAUGGUAGACCUGAACACCUUAGAUGUGGUUGUUAUGCAUGUCAAUGAGAAAGACCUCGCCGCGACGUUCAAGAGUGAUACGGUGAUGGAUAACAAGUUGGCUAUCCUGCAUUAUCUGAUACAGCAUGAGGGGAAUAUGGAGUUGGCUGAAGAGCUGAUCUCCUGGCUGUGUGUCCACCAACAUGUUGGGAUUGGGAUGAACGGUGUACAACGAGCCAUGCAGGAGUACCUAGUGGGUGCUACGUACAGUGUGACGCGUCGCUCGCUGCCCGCCACGGCCGCGCCGCUCAUGAAGAUGUUGCCCUUCAGCCUGCAUCUGAAGUUCGGCGAUGUUAAGGUUGGUAACGUAUGCGUAUCCGUGAGCCAAGAGAAGUUGUGGAACAGUUCAGCGGUGGUGCUCGGAGUGAGGCAACGAGUAUGUCAGUUCGCUGAGGACGUGUGGACGCGGCUGUGGAGAGCGCUCAACACCCCUGCGGUUCCCAGGUUGAAGCCCGAGCAAGUCCUGGACAAGCUGCGUGUCAGUCUGCAUUGCUAUCAGCCUGAAGCCCUGUCCCGCUGCAGCACGCCGAUGUCCCCCACUGGCGGGCCGCCCACGUUGUCGGCGCCGCAACGUCGGUCCUCACUCGGCGCUGGUAACGAUCUACUGCCCUUCUUCGAGCUCGAUGUCUGUACUGCCAGCAAGCAGGAACACAUCAUUGCCGCGAACCUGCGCGAGGUGUCGGUGCACCUGAUGCGCUGGGCGGAGGGCGGCGGCGAGGGCGGCGUGCACGCGCUGGCCACGCGCUGGGCCGCGGCGCAGCUGGAGGCGGCGCGCGCGCUGUGCCGCCCGCUGUGCCGCGCGCUGCACGCCUCGCCCGCGCACCACCAGCAGAGGGGCUUCACCUUCAUCGAUGAAAUGGAUCCAACGCACUUGUUUAUAGUGUUUAAAGUGCUAGAACAGUACUUCCUAGCGGCGGACUCUAUAGCGUUCCCGCUGCCGCAAGGGUUCAGCUCGUUCUUCACGUAUCUCGGGUACCGCGCGCUGCCGUUCCACAGCUUCGUGCAGCGCGUGCACCGGAACGUGCUAGAACUGCACAUCGACGUCGUUAAGCAGAUCAUUGCUUCAAAAGACGACGACAACAAGACGACGGUGAACAACAAGCUGCGCCUGAUCCAGCUGGUGGGCGAGGGCCGCGCGCGGCGCGCCCUGGCGGCCUGGCCGCACCGCGCCGCGCUGCUGCUGCGCGCCCGCGACCACGCCGCCGCGCUGCUCAGCGGGGGCGCCCCGCACCGCGGGCCCCCCCCGCGCGACACCGGCAUAGCAUCGUUACCGUCAGGCGAGCGUCUGUCUCCACUGGACACGUUCCUGGACCUGCUGACGGCAAAGGCGAGUCUCAACGAACUGGAUUUCAACCUCAUCAUAGAGGCGACACUGGCUUCCGUGCAGCAAGAUACGACGUAAAUAAUUUGA